AUGGAGCCACUAAAAUUUCACUUGCACAAGUUGCAGGGCUCUGCCGCCUCCUUUAUAUCACCUGGAGUCAUAGAGCACAUCGAGAAGCUCCAAUUUCACCUGCAUAAGUUUCAAGGCUCUACUGCAUUCCGCUGGGAAGUUGUAGUUUCUAUCUUGCUCACUACAUGGGCGAUAUACGAUGUUGUAUAUAACCUCUACCUUUCUCCAUUGGCUAAAUUUCCCGGCCCCAAGCUGUGGGCUGUGUCGAGAAUUCCAUAUCAGUGGUGCAUCAUGACAGGCCAAAGUCAUCACAAGGUAUUGGCUCUACACAAUAAGCAUGGUGCUGUUGUCAGAGUCGGCCCCAACGAGUUGACCUUCAACAGCCCAAAAGCCUUCCAAAACAUCUACAAAGCUCGUCCAGGACGACCGCAGUAUGCCAAAGACCCUCACUUUUACGGCUCGGCUCUGAAUCCAGUGCGACAGAGUAUAGUGGGACCUCACGAUGACAAGAACCACGCUAGACAUCGCCGCCUCUGGGCGAAUGCCUUCUCUGAGAAGGCUCUGCGUGCCAAUGAAGAAACCAUUUCGCGCUAUGCGGAUCUGCUAAACUACCGACUACGAGAGCGCACCUCCAAGGGAGAAAAAAACCAACACAAGGCAGACAUUAAAGAAUGGUUCAACUAUAUUGCGUUCGAUGUCACCGGUGAUCUGCUCUUCGCAGAGACCUUUGAUUGUUUAGAGAAGAGCGAAUUGCACCCUUGGAUUGCCCUUAUCUUCGCCUUCGUCAAGGGAAUCACGUUCCUCGGUGCAAUUAACCAGUUUGCACUUCUGAGAAUGGCUCAGGAAAAGUUCCUGCCUGAUGCCCUGCGGCAGCAAAUGUUGAAGCAUUUCAGUCUUGCCGCCGAAAAAGCAGAUCGUCGGCUGACCCAAGGCACAGCUCGAACUGAUUGGAUGUCUGCUCUCCUCAAGCAGGGCCUUGUUGAUUCUCAUGAUAAAUUUGUUGAAAACGAGGCUGUUAUGAGCAAAGAGGAAAUCCAUGCUAAUGGUGCCUUUAUUUCGAUUGCAGGAAGCGAGACAUCCGCAACUACUCUUUCUGGAUGUGUAUACUUCCUCACCAAGAAUCCCGAUACUCUCCGGAGACUUUAUGAAGAAAUCAACAGCACAUGCUCCUCGAACGAUGACAUUACGGCUCAGAAGUGUGCCCAUAUGAAAUACCUUAAUGCUGUUAUUGAGGAAACCUUCCGUUUGUACCCUCCCGUUGCAAGUAGUCUUCCUCGACUUGUCCCCAAGGGCGGAGAUCUCAUUGACGACAAGCCUGUCCCAGAAGAUACUGUUGUGUCCACACACCAUUAUGCCUCUUACCACGCCGAUGCGAACUUUGCUCUUGCAGGUGAAUUUCAUCCGGAGCGAUGGCUUGGAAUCGAUGAAAGGUUCUCUGCAGAUAAGAGAGACGUUCUUCAGCCAUUCAGUCUGGGACAGAGGGGCUGUCUUGGCAAGAAUGUGGCUUAUGUUGAGGCUCGUAUAAUCCUAGCCAGAUUGGUCUACAACUUUGACAUCCAACUUUGCCCGGAGAGCUCAAACUGGAUUGACCAGGAGAUGUAUGUGAACUGGGAGAAGCCACCGCUUAUCGUCAACCUGAAGGAUAGACUGGCUGGAUCUGUUUGA